GUUUCUUGCUUCCUCCUCAUGUUACAGAUAAGUGAAUUGAUGCAUACAGAGCUGAACAGAAACCACUGUUGAAGGAGAAGGAGGCAAGAGAGGGGUGCUGCAAUGACUAGUCUCCUCCUUUGGUUGAGCUUCCUGAUCCUCUGCCUUCUGGAAGUCAAGUCUUCUGCUGAAGGUGAAACUAUAGCAGUCACCAGCAGUGGCCCUAUCCAGGGAAAACAUGUCCCAGCUGGCUCAAGAAACGUCAUAGCCUAUUUGGGCAUCCCCUAUGCAGAACCCCCUGUGGGGAAAUUGCGCUUCAAGAAGCCUCUACCCCAUAAGCCAUGGAGACACAUCCUGGAAGCCACCAACUUUGGAAAUGCAUGUCCCCAACCAGUUAUUUGGGACGCUCCUGAUGUUGCCAUAUACAGUGCCAACACACCACAAUCGGAGGACUGUCUCUUUCUCAAUGUCUGGGUGCCCCAUCCCCGGCCCUCCACACCUGCUGCUAUCCUUGUCUGGAUCCAUGGUGGUUCAUAUUUUUUUGGCACAGCUUCCCUGGUCGUAUAUGAUGGGGCAUUCCUAGCUGCUACUGAGAAUGUCAUUGUGGUCUCCAUGAAUUACCGUCUGGGAGCUCUAGGCUUCCUUUCAUUGCCACCAGCUGCCCCAGGAAACGUGGGCUUGUUUGACCAGCAGUUGGCCCUAAGAUGGGUGAGGAAGAAUGCAGCUGCUUUUGGAGGAGAUCCGACUCGGAUAACCAUUUUUGGUGAGAGUGCAGGAGGAGCGAGUGUCAAUUAUCACCUCCUCUCACCUGGGAGUCGGCCUCUAUUUGACCGUGCUGUGCUGCAGAGUGGGACGGCGACUGCAUCCUGGGCUUGGGUGAGUCCCGAGGAAGCAAAGAGGAGAGCCUUGGCCCUGGCCGAGCUGAUGGGCUGUACAGAAGUUAAGGACAGUGCCAUAGUGAGUUGUUUGCAGGGUAAGAGAAUAGAGGAAUUUCCAAAAUACACAUUCUCAGUUUUAGUUCUAAAUCCCCCCUUCGUACCAACAACAGAUAGAGAUUUCCUUCCUGAUGACCCACAGAAACUUAUGGAGUCCGGGCACUUUCAGCCUAAACCUAUGAUGAUCGGUGCCACCUCUGAUGAAGGGUCCAUUUUUGUCUUCUGUCUUGCUCCUUUCUUACAUGCAUUUGAUGAAAGCCUUUUGACCUGGGAGCAGCUCUUGGCGGGGAUAAAGAUGAAUGUAUGGAAUGCAACAGAAGACUUCAUCCAAUCCAUUGCUCAGAGGUACAGUGAAGCAGAACCAGAGGGCCCAGCCCGCUAUCGUUCCGCCUUGUCCCACGCCUGGGGUGAUCACUCCUUUGUAUGUCCAGCAAACAAAAUUGCUACAGAGACUGCAAAGACUGGAAGUCCUGUGUAUGCUUACACUUUCAUGCAUCGCAGUAUUGGCUCCCUCUGGCCUGAAUGGACGGGGUCGCAACAUUUAGCGGAGCUCCCAUAUGUUUUUGGAACCCUGACCUUAUUACCAGGAAGCAGUGUAGCUCACACAGAGGCGGAGUUAGAGCUGAUCCCCCGAGUGAUGCGGUACUGGGCAGAGUUUGCCAGAAGCGGCAAUCCCACCCCUUCAGAAGUUGGUGAGGCACAAUGGCCACUCUACAACCCUGCAGAACAGAAUUUCUUUCGCAUCAGCACAGAGCCGCCUCAAGUCAUGAAGCCCUCACCCGCUCAGCACUGUUCUUUCUGGACGGCACUUGCACCAGAGGCAUUGAAGCCAAAUCACCCUUCAAAUGAUUCUGUUCCAGCCAGUCCAGAAGGCGAUACGAAGCCAGAAAUGUAAAUUCAGAUAAGUAUGUAUGGAUGGAAAAAGAGGAUCAUAUGAACUGGAAGAAAAAAGGCUAAAGAGGCAGUGUACAACAGAGGAAAUAUCCGUUUAUACCUUCAUUCUUUCAUGUAAAUUCAGAGAGGAUUAUACUACUUUCUGUCGUCUGAUUUUAAAACAUAAAAUCUGAUACCCAGCUCCUUCUCAGGCACACUCAAAUCUAGAUUCAUUUGACUAAAUUAAAGUGGUCUCCUGAGCUCUC